AAAAACGUUUCGGCUAUAAAAGAAAGUGGCCGCGCCCCGUCAGCUCAUCCGGUUGGUCUCCCUUCCUAUCGUCCUCUUCGUUGGGCCAAAAGCUUCCCCUGUUCCCUUGUCCUCCUCCGUCUCCCAGCCUCAGCUCAGCUCCGGCAAGCUAUCGGAAAUCGGAUGGCCUCACCUGCGACGCCGACAGAGCCCACCGGCACCCAGGAGGAAGCUGACGCGCGCCAGUCUCUCAUGGGGAUCUCCCGGUCCGUCCCGGAGGCAGGGGCGGCCCUGAGCGGCAAGCUGCCCCACAACGGCCGCGUGGGAAACGGGCAGGACGACGGCGGGGCCGCGGACAAGUACAGGUCGAUGCUCAUGUCCAUCUCCAACCAGUCGCCGGACGCCCGCCAGCCUUCGCCGACGCCGUGCCCUCCUCACAGCAACGGCGCCGCUUAAGCUUUUGCUCUGUAAACUGUAAUAGUAGUGGUAUGGAUCUGUCCUGCUGCAACUGUGGAUGUUGCGGACCCUUUUGUGGCCUUAAUAAUCGCCGUGGCUGUGGAUGUGUUGGGUGAUGAAAUACAGAGCGGGAUUCUUACAUACUUGCA